AGCGACUUCUCUUCGUUGUCUAGACCAGAAGAAAGCCGGGACGUGACGGAGCGGGGGGGUUUUGCUUGCUGGAGGCCCGUUAAACCACUGAUAAAUACAACUUCCUGACAGUGUCUUCGUCGCUCGAGAGACGUUUGUGACCCAACGUACUUUUCUCAUCUUAGAACUAAUUUCACAAACAUGUCCUGGCAAAGCUACGUGGACACCCUGAUGGCUGAUGGCAGCUGCCAGGACGCGGCCAUUGUUGGGUACACAGACGCCAAAUACGUCUGGGCAUCGUAUGCCGGCGGUACCUUUGCCAGCAUAACGCCUGAAGAAAUUGAUGUGGUAACAGGAAAGGACCGAGAGGGAUUCUUCACCAGUGGGCUGACCUUAGGCAAUAAAAAGUGCUCCGUAAUCAGAGACAGUCUCCAAAUUGACGGCGACUGGACAAUGGACAUCCGGACAAAGAGUCAAGGAGGAGAGCCAACAUACAACGUUUCUGUAGGCAGAGCCGGCAAAGCAUUGGUUUUGGUCAUGGGGAAGGAAGGUAUCCAUGGAGGGCAGCUCAACAAGAAAGCAUUUCAUAUUGCUGACUACCUGAGGAAGUCCGGAUACUAAAGCAGCCUGUACCCAGCCACCUAGCAGCUCACCCUUACCAUCCUCUUGCAUUUCACACUACUCCCAGUCCUAGUUGAUAGUUACUUUUUUGUUCUUUUUUUCUGCCUUCUCUCUUCCCCAUUUGUUAUCCCUCUUUCUUAUUUUUUUUUUUUUUUUGUUGUUGUUGUCAUCUUUCACUAACCCGCCCUCUUCACUCUCCCCUCAACACACUUGCGCUGUGUACUCUUUUGCCCCCUUAAGCACUAUAAGUUGAUCCAUAGCAAAGAUGAGCAUGUUGCUAAAGGUUGUCAUGACAAAUCUGUACUUAACCAAGACCAGCAAAAAAAAAAAAAAUUCUGGCCAAACACUUGGAUAAUGAAAGCUAUAGCUUAAAUUUAAAGUAGGUCUUUCUUUCGUUUUCUCUGUUAUGGUGCCCAAUACUUCAUCCCUCCCUAACCCGAUCACACACACUCCCCUCCCCGAGCAGCCGAUGCCUUUGGAGCACUUGAGCAGUAACCAAGCUCAUCAUGUCUUCCUCUUUUAUUUUCCCUUGUCAUGUCUGGGAGGGGAGACUAGCAUUUCCCUCUAGCACCCAACACCCCGCCUCUCCCCUUCCCUUCUCCACACUCCUGCCAAAAUUUGCUGUCCCCACUCUUUCCCUGUUUCCCCUGUCCUGUUUGUUCAAAGCAGGUGAACCCAAAAACCUCACAGGAGACUCAACUUCAUCAAACACUACACACCACCCAACUGGUUUUCUAACCUACCCUCCACUCAGAUUCACCACUCUGUCCUAAGUAUACUUUGUACCAAGGGAUGUGGCGUGUGUGGGGGAUGCUCGGAUCAGCUUGGUUAACGAUCGUGAACCCGGUUUGCGAGCGUCUGUGUCGUCCAGAUGCUGGUAGCCUCUCCUCCCAUCAUCACAACCUCCCCGACUACACAAAAACCCAUGGACAUUCCACAGUAACAAUGGCUCAGGCACUUAAAACUGUUUUUUGUUUGCCAGCUCCUGUAAUAUAUUCUUUUUUUUUUUUUUUUUUUUUUUUGAAAGGCUGCCAUUUUUGGACAGUAGAUAUCCCAGCAUAUAACCAUCUGGAGUAUGUCCAGUUUGAAUUUUUUUUCUUUUUAUAGGACCAAGUGUAGUCGAAGCUCGGGUGUUUAUACAAUUGCUCUAAAUCAUGUGAAGGUUGACUGCUAACUUUUUUCUGAUGAAGGAAACGCUAACCAGACAGUAAUCCAUACUACGGUUAAAAAAAAAAUAAGAAGCUAAAGGGGAGGUAAGGGUGGGAGAAUCUGAGGAAAAUUCUCAUGUCAUUGUUUUUUUUUUUCUUUAUUGUUUAGAAAACAAACAAUUGCAUUUGUACAAACCCAUGCUGUGUUGACAACUACAAAACUGUGGAAUAAAUUGCCUUCUACUCUAUAGUCAACUGAGCUCUGGGGUAUCACACGGUCUGUCCAUGGUCAGUACGGCUAACUAACGUCCAACUGGAAAAAAAAAAACACUUUCAAAAGUAGAAAUGACACUCAAUGGGAGAUGGGAUUGGUUGGAACAAAGACGCUUGUGGUUGUCUUGUCAAAACUUAACUGCAGAACCUGUGUAUCCUGUGCCAUAAUGUAGAGAGAUCUGUUGCUGUUGUAAGAUGGAUUUUACCCACUGUCCAUGAAGGAGUCAUUUCAUUGGCACUUUUUUCUUUUUCUUUUUUCUUUUUUUUCUUUUUAGCUUCAGCUCCACUGUUUAGGCCUUGUGGGAUAUGUGUACUCAUAAAAAAAAAAAAAGAAGAAAAAAAACCUGUUCCAAGUCCUGUUUGCUGAUUUAUGUUCAUUUCCUUUUUCCUCACCACUUUUGUUUCUUACAUCUGGGAUACAGUCUCUUUAAUGCAUCUGAUUUCAUAUGCAUAAAACCAAGAAAUGCCAUAAAUUGAUUUAUCACCUUGUUUACAGACAGAUCAAAUAAAUUUAUUCCAACCAGA